CACCUAGCUCCAGUAGCAGCUCUUCUGUUAAUCCCAUGGCGUCUCUUGGAGCACUGCAGACGCUGGCAGGGGCUACGGCAGGACUCAACGUGAGCUCCUUAGCAGGAAUGGCAGCCUUAAAUGGAGGACUUGGCAGUGGUGGUCUCUCAAAUGGAACAGGCAGCACAAUGGAAGCUCUCACGCAGGCUUAUUCUGGAAUCCAGCAGUAUGCUGCUGCUGCAUUGCCCACCCUCUACAACCAGAGUCUCUUAACACAGCAGAGUAUUGGGGCAGCAGGAAGUCAAAAAGAAGGCCCGGAGGGAGCCAAUCUGUUCAUCUACCAUCUCCCUCAGGAGUUUGGGGAUCAGGAUCUGCUGCAGAUGUUCAUGCCGUUUGGAAACGUCGUCUCUGCUAAGGUUUUCAUUGACAAGCAGACCAACCUAAGCAAGUGUUUUGGUUUUGUAAGUUACGACAAUCCUGUCUCUGCACAGGCUGCCAUUCAGUCCAUGAACGGCUUUCAGAUCGGCAUGAAGCGUCUGAAAGUGCAGCUCAAGCGCUCCAAGAAUGACAGCAAGCCAUACUGAGCGCCCUCCCCGGGACUGGAGUGAGAAGGAUCUUCUGGUAAGUUGGAGAGGAGCGCACUUAGCGAUUCGAAGCCCUAAGGCUGUGUUUUUACAGUCCUGGAAGCUGAUCCAUGCCUUCUGUCUGGCACAUCUGCCCCUGAAGACUCGGCCGCAGCCUCUGCUGAGAAUCCUGCUUCGGAUAGAGGACAAGUUUGUGCUUUUGUUUCCAGUGUUUUACUUUGGAGUUUAGGUGCCAUAUCGCUGA